AUGAUUAGACAAACCCAUUUGUACCCCGCUGCCCCAUCAACAACUCGAGGAGCCCUGACAUUCAUUUCAUAUGAUGAUAUCAACAAUAGAAUUGCAUAUGCUGCAGGCAAGUCUGUGGUCGUGACAAGCUUGGACAAAGACCCUAAAUUCCCCCCUAUUCAAUUUACAAAGCAUAACGUCGCUGUGACAGCUGCAGCCUUUUGCCCAUCUGGAAACUAUGUGGCUUCUGGCGAUGAGUCUGGAAACGUCAAAAUUUGGGAUACUUCCGUCUAUGGAAAGGAGGUUACCUUCGAACAGCCAAAUGUUAAGAGUGAAUUUCAGGUAUUGAGCGGGCCUAUAAAGUCAAUUGCCUGGGAUGCAGAAAACUCUAGAGUCAUUGCAGCUGGAAGAGGCAAAGUCAAAUUCGCACAUUGUUUCACAUGGGAUUCUGGUAAUUCUAUCGGUGAAAUUCAAGGCCACUCUGAAACUAUCAAUGCGGUUGCCAUUAAGCCUCAAAGACCAUACCGUGCUGCUACUGUCGGAGAUGACAAGGCUAUGAUUUUUUUUAAUGGACCUCCAUUCAAAUUUACAAAGAGUUUGCGGGGGUAUCAUACCAACUCGAUUCGCUCUGUUAAGUUUUCUCCUGACGGAAAGUGGUUAGCCAGCGUGGGCUCUGACCGUAUUAUUACUCUUUACGAUGGCACAAGUGGAGAAUACAUUGAGAAACAUGAAAAUGCACACGAGGGUGGUAUAUUCGACGUUUCGUGGUUGCCAGACCUGGCCACUUUUGUUACAAGUUCCGCAGACAACACAAUCAAAAAAUGGGAAGCAGAUGGAUUGAAAGAGCUUGAGACUUUUAUUUUGCCGGUCUCCAAAUCAGUUGAAAACCAACAAGUUGGUGUUGUCGUGACCAAAGACUACGUUCUCUCCUUGUCCUUAAAUGGCAAUUUGAACUUCUUUACCCAUGCAGGUUCCUUUUCUCAUUCCUGGUAUGGACAUCAAAGGGCUUUGACAGAAAUCUCCCUCAUUGGUGGAUCUAAACUUUUGACUGGUGGUUCUGAUGGUUCCAUUCGUUCUUGGGACGUAUCGCGUGGCUCGUUGAACGCCGAGUGCAAUAUUCUUGAUGCUGUCGUUCACUCAAAUUAUAUCACUGGAAUUGUGGAGUACGGUAGCAGUAUUGUGACUAGUGGGUGGGAUGACAAACUUAAAGUGUCAAAAAAUGAUUCUCUAUCAACAACAAUUGACUUAUCUGGCCAGCCGAAAGCAAUCAAGAUUGUGGGCAACAAUCUCACGGUUAUUUUCGAGAAUAAAUUAGAAGUAUUCAACGACAGCUUCGAGAAGAUCUCUUCUUUAGAUUUCGAGUAUGUGGCAUCUGAUGCUGAUGCUAUAGCCGGUUCUACCACUCUCUUGAUCACAAAUGAGACUAAUAAGCGCAUUGAAGAAUACCAAAUUGCCCAAUCCAUAGAGCACAUCCGCUCAUAUCCCGAGUUGCGUUCAGCGCCAACUUUGGUAAGGGUUUCGCCAGAUGGAACCUACGCAGCAGUGGCUGAAAGCACUGGCAAAUAUACAUUGUACAGUACCGUUGACGCCAAUACUGUUACAACUAGAUGGGCAUUCCACAGUAGCAGAGUUAAUGAUGCUGCCUGGACACUGGAUUCUAAGUAUUUGGUGAGUGGUGGGCUCGAUUGUGGCUUGUUUAUUUACUCCGUGGCACGUCCUGUUAAAGUGUUAAAGCAACAGUUGGCACAUCAAGUUGCUGUCUCAGGACUCUCAUGGAUAGACUACAAUGAGGACGAGGGCAGCUUUUGUAGUGUUGGUUUGGACGGAAUGGUCAAGACUUGGAGUGUUAAAUUUACUUCCUCUUAG